UUCUUUUCAAUACGAAAAGUAACAUUUGUCUUUAAUUGAAUUAUUGGAAUGAAGUUCAAAAGAUAAGCAGCAGUUUGUUUUGAAGGUGACUAAGUUCAUUUCGUCCUACAAUUUGGACUGUUGCCAUAACUGACAAGGCCAGAGGUCAGUCAACUCAGAGGUCAGGUGACAACUUGGACAAUCACGCCAGAAAAGUGUAAGAAAGAUAUGACAAGACAUGAGAGGGCAUAGCAGACAGUGAGAUCUUAAAGUUACACUUACACAGGGAAAAAGUAACAUAGAGUACAGUUAAGUGGCAGGUGACGCUUGAGCACAGGGUUAGUUCAAACAGUCCGCAGAGUCAGGGAGGGCUGCAAUCAGCCUAUCAGCUCAUCUCAGUGCCAGCCCACAUCAUCUGAUGACUCAGCUGAUACGUUCUGUGCAUCCUAUUGGCAAAUUAGAUAUGGUGUGUGCUAUUUAUGUUGCUCCAACCUGCACGGAGUCGCUGCUGCCUCGACAUGCUGCUUUGCAAACCCACCUCCCUCCACUGUUCCUUCUUUUCAUGUUUUCUGUGCUCUCUCUGCAUUUUUGGUUCCCCACAUGUGCAUUUAGAAGGGCAGAGCAGAGGGAACCUGCCAAAUAUAAAUGACUCCAGAUGCAAAUGAAGAGCUUAUUUAGACUUUUUUUGGUGAUAAUUCUGCAGCAUUAAACUGGAAGUAACAUUUGUGCAAAAUCACAGAUGUAUAAAGCUGCCAUCACAGCGUGUUUCUUUCAUUCAUGAUCUUAAUGCCUCAAAAAGAAUUUGAAGUGAAUCGAGGAAUCGUUGAAAUCAGUGGGAAAAUUAAGAAACUAGAAGCAGGACAAGGGGUGAAGUCCUCUGAAAGCCAGGCCCUUGUGGCAGAACCUGAAAAAUGUUCUCCAGCUGGCAGCUUUGAUGUGAACAGCUCCACUGCAGAUGAACAAGUAGCAGAGUCCUUCAUCAGACAAGCGAUGGAAAUCAUUGUGGACGAGGCAGUGAAGAAGGCCACAAAUGUCCAAGAGAAGGUUUGUGAGUGGCACUCCCCCGAGCAGCUGAAGAAGCUGCUGGACCUCGAGCUGAGAGACGGAGGAGAGGCGGAAUCUGAGAUCUUGCAGAGAUGCAGAGAUGCCAUCAGAUAUAGUGUCAAGACCAGUCAUCCCCGUUUCUUCAAUCAGCUGUACGCAGGGAUGGAGCCCUACUCUAUGGUGGCAAGCUUCAUUGCUGAAGCAGUCAAAACCAAUCUGUACACAUAUGAGGUGGCUCCAGUGUUUACCUUGAUGGAGGAUGCUGUGCUCAGGAAGAUGAUCAAGGUGAUUGGCUGGGAAGAAGGAGGUGAUGGAAUCUUUAACCCAGGUGGCUCAUUGUCCAACAUGUAUGCUGUGAACUUGGCCAGGUACCGCUACUGCCCAGAUUUUAAAGAGGUUGGCAUGUUUUCUGCUCCUCGACUGGUCAUAUUAACGUCCCAGGAGUGUCAUUAUUCCAUUUCCAAAGGAGCAGCUUUAAUGGGAAUCGGCACGAAGAAUGUUUAUACUGUCCCAACUGAUGAGAGAGGAAGGAUGAUUCCCUCAGCCCUCGAGGAGAAAAUAAUGUUGGCAAAAAGUGAGGGUGCAGUUCCCUUCAUGGUAAACGCCACAGCAGGAACCACGGUGCUCGGAGCGUUCGAUCCCAUCGACGAAAUUGCCGACAUCUGUGAGAAGCACAACUUGUGGCUACAUGUGGAUGCAUGUUGGGGAGGAGCAGCUAUCAUGUCUAAGAAGCAUAAACACUUGUUAAAGGGCAUCCACAGAGUUGACUCUGUUGCUUGGAACCCUCACAAGAUGCUGAUGGCCUCUCUGCAGUGCUCUGCUUUUCUGGUCAGAGACAAAACGAGUCUCCUGCAGCACUGCCACUCUGCUCGGGCCUCUUAUCUCUUCCAGCAGGACAAGUUCUACGAUGUCAGCUACGACACGGGGGACAAGUCAGUGCAGUGCAGCAGGAAGCCGGACGCCUUCAAGUUCUGGCUCAUGUGGAAGGCUUUGGGAAGCAGAGAGCUGGAGCAGAGGGUGGACAGAGCCCUCGCCAUGGCAAGGUAUCUUGCAGAGGAGAUCAAGAAAAGAGAAGGAUUCCGUCUUGUGCUGGAACCUGAAUAUGCAAACGUUUGCUUCUGGUACCUUCCCCCAAGCAUGAGGAACCUUCCUGAGAGUCCUGAGCUCUGGAAGAAGCUCCACACUGUGGCCCCAGUGGUGAAACAGCGAAUGAUGAAGAAGGGCAGCAUGAUGGUGGGCUACCAGCCCCUUGGAGAAAAAGCCAACUUCUUCAGGAUGGUUGUGAUCAGUCCCCAGGUCAGCAGGCAGGACCUGGACUUUGUCCUGAAUGAGAUCCACAACCUGGGAAAGGACUUGUGAUUAAUGAUCAGUGUAUGCAAAGAGCCUUCCUCUGGCACAGAUGGAUAUGUCAGGGAAUUCUCACAGCACUAUCAGAGAGUGAUGUAACUUAAUAACUUACAAAGAUGUCUGAUUAUCUGUAAAUAUUUAAUCUGUAAAUAACAACCAGACAACUAAAAUAAAUGUCAGAAUUUCACACGCUGUA